CAUUGUCUACUGCACUCUAUUUAAACGCGCCUCAUUCUCUUCGUCAAGUCCAGAAAGUGCUCACCAUCAAAACCAACUCAAUCAUGAACGAGCUCGACAAAGAACAAAUUUCGAUGUUAAAAUCGACUUUUGACGCCUUUGAUGUCGACAAAAAAGGCUACAUCGGAGUCGACAUGAUCGGUACCAUCAUGGACCUUCUAGGAACGCAACUAAUCGGCGAAGAACUGGAGACCAUCAUAACCGAAAUCGACGAAGAUGGAAACGGUGAAGUUAGCUUUGAGGAGUUUGCAAACUUAGCAGCUCGCUUUUUGACCGAAGACGAUGAAGACACAGAGGCCAUUCAAAUGGAACUGAAAGGAGCGUUCCGACUGUACGACAGAGAAGGAAAUGGUUUUAUCACAACCGAUGUUCUACGCGAAAUUUUACGCGAGCUUGAUGACAAUUUAAGUGAAGACGAUUUGGACAACAUGAUUGAUGAGAUAGACACUGAUGGUUCAGGAACCGUCGACUGGGAAGAGUUCAAAGCGGUCAUGAUUGGCUAGUUAGAAGAAGUGCAUUUUUUAAAUUGUUACGCUAAUAAAAUAAUACGUAAUGGAA